GGUGAGGCGGUGCUGCACAGCCUCGCCAUGAUCAGGCACCUUGCUUUGCUGAGCAAUGCUUUAUGAUGGGCAUCUCUGGCAUGAGCAAUUUUGGGGCGAACCAUGUUUUGCGUUUCUUAUUGGAAGCUUUUCCCACUUGGAACUGGAAACCCCAUUUCUUCUCGUACUUGUUUUAGCUGUUAUUUGAAUGUGCAUUGACAUUCUUCAGAAAUUCAUGGAGUCAUCGUCUGAUAUUUUGUUGUCAUUUACUCUGCUAUUUCCUUUCUGGAUUCUUGGCUAUGGCUAUCAAGUUUGAAGUCUAACCCUAUCUUUUGCUUCCCAUUAUUGUUGGCCUCGGCUAUUUUGUAUGCAGAAGUUGCCUCUGAUUGAAUGUCUGAAGAUACGCAGUUGUGAUCUGAGAGCACUAAUUCUUCUAUUAUGUACUGGGUACGUGGGGAAGUUGGAGAUAUUUUAUGUUUUGUCACUUAAAUAGCUUGAUCUAUUAUAGGAUGCCUUGCCUAACAAAUCCAGUGGGCAUGAGGUAAUUCAAUUCUUCUCAUGUCCGGUUGUCAAGUGUACUAUGAAGUUCUGGCUUUGUAACUUUUUUCCCACUUCCAAGACCCUAUUCUUCAACCACUGCUUAAACCACCAUCUAAAUUUUUCUACUCCCCUAAAUUUAUGCAAACUAAUGCUGCUAUGUUAAGCUUUCCCUGCUUUGAGACGAGGGUCUUUACUUCCUACUCAAAGUUCCUGUCAAAUGCGUUGCUUCCGAGAUUGUAACCUUAGGCAUGGAAGCUCGUGCCCACAUGGUUAAGUUUGGAUCACCUCACAUUCCAAGUCUCAGAAAUCAUUUGAAAACAUGGUACUCCCAGUGGCGACAAUUUGGGUAUGCCCAGAAGUUGGCUGGAGAAAUUUCUACUCAAAGCUUCGUAUCUUACUCAAAUCUUUUGUCACAAUGUAUUGCUUCCAAAUCUGUAACCUCAGGCAUGGUUGUUCAUGCCCACAUGAUUAAGUUUGGUUCAUCUCAAAAUCCAAGUCUUAAAAAUUAUUUGAUAACCUUGUACUCCAAGUCUCAACAAUUUGGGUAUGCCCGGAAGCUGGUUGAAGAAAAUUCAGAACCAGAUUUGGUUUCUUGGUCUGCCUUGAUCUCUGGAUAUGCACAAAAUGGGCUCGGGGUGGAAGCCUUGUUAGCAUUUUCUGAGAUGCGAAUGUUGGAUAUUAAAUGCAAUGAGUUUACCUUUUCAAGUGUUCUUAAGGCGUGCUCAAUCAAGAAAGAUUUGAAUUUGGGGAAAUUGGUUCAUGGUAUGACAAUAGUCACAGGGUUUGAGUCUGAUGUGUUUGUUACAAAUACUUUGGUUGUUAUGUAUGCAAGAUGUGGACAGCUUGGUGAUUCUAGGAGACUAUUUGGCUCAAUUAUAGAACUAAAUGUUGUUUCAUGGAAUGCAUUGCUCUCUUGCUAUGUGCAAAGUGAUUUGGGUAUAGAAGCUGUGGAUUUGUUUAGAGAAAUGGUUCAGAGUGGAAUAAGGCCUAAUGAGUUUAGCCUUUCAAUCAUAUUAAAUGCUUGUGCAGGAUUGCAAGAUGGCAAUCAUGGAAGGACAGUUCAUGCGUAUUUGCUAAAGUUGGGUUACAAUCUGGAUCUAUUUUCUGCAAAUGCUCUAGUUGACAUGUACUCAAAAGGAGGGGACAUUGAAGAUGCAAUUGCAGUUUUUAGAGAAAUUGCACAUCCUGAUAUUAUUUCUUGGAAUGCAAUUAUUGCUGGUUGUGUUCUUCAUGAGUGUCAUGAUUGGGCUUUAGCAUUGUUUGGUGAGAUGAAAAGGGCGGGAACUUGUCCCAAUAUGUUCACCGUAUCAAGUGCUCUAAAGGCAUGUGCCGCAAUGGGGUUCAAGGACUUGGGUAGACAGUUGCACUCUGGUUUGAUAAAGACAGAUAUUGAUUCAGAUUCGUUUGUGGCCGCAGGACUAGUAGACAUGUAUUCUAAAUGUGAAAUGAUGGAUGAUGCAAGGAGAGCUUAUGACUUAAUGGUAAAAAAGGAGUUGGUUGCAUGGAAUGCUUUGAUCUCUGGUUACUCACAAUGUGGAGAAGACUUAGAAGCAGUGUCCAUUUUUGCUGAAAUGUACAAGGAGGAUGUAGUUUAUAACCAAACUACUUUGUCAACAGUUCUUAAAUCUGUGGCUAGUAUACAGGUACUUGAUGUUUGCAGGCAAAUUCAUACACUUUCCAUCAAAUCUGGACUUCAUUCAGAUUUUUAUGUCAUAAAUAGUCUUCUUGACGCAUACGGAAAAUGUAAUCAUAUUGAUGAAGCUUCAAAAAUAUUUGAAGAAUGCACGUGUGAAGAUCUGGUGGCUUACACAUCCAUGAUAACAGCGUACUCUCAGGAUGGGGAUGGAGAAGAGGCACUAAAACUCUAUUCGCGAAUGCAAGAUGCAGAUAUCAAGCCAGAUUCAUUUGUCUGCAGUUCUCUUUUGAAUGCCUGUGCAAAUUUGUCAGCAUAUGAGCAAGGGAAACAAUUACAUGUUCAUGCUCUCAAGUUUGGAUUUAUGUCUGAUAUUUUUGCAAGCAAUUCUGUAGUUAAUAUGUAUGCAAAAUGUGGAAGUAUAGAGGAUGCUAAUCGUGUUUUUUCUGAGAUACCUCAAAGAGGAAUAGUCUCAUGGUCUGCUAUGAUUGGAGGGUUGGCACAACAUGGUCAUGGGAAGGAGGCUCUUCAAUUGUUUAGUCAAAUGCUUGAAGAAGGUGUGAGUCCCAAUCAAAUAACAUUAGUUAGUGUUCUUUGUGCAUGUAAUCAUGCUGGUUUGGUAAAUGAGGGAAAGCAAUACUUCGAGAAAAUGGAGGAGAUGUUUGGUUUUAAACCAAUGCAAGAGCAUUAUGCUUGCAUGAUUGAUCUCCUUGGUCGAGCAGGAAAAUUAAAUGAAGCAAUUGAGCUUGUAAAAUCCAUGCCAUUUGAAGCAGAUGGAUCAGUUUGGGGGGCACUUCUUGGAGCUGCAAGAAUUCAUAAAAAUGUAGAACUUGGUCAACAAGCUGCUGAAAUGCUUUUGGCUAUUGAGCCUGAGAAAUCUGGUACCCAUGUUCUUCUUGCAAAUAUCUAUGCAUCAGCAGGGAUGUGGGAAAAUGUUGCAAAGGUUAGAAAGCUUAUGAAGGACAGCAAGGUUAAGAAGGAGCCUGGCAUGAGUUGGAUCGAGGUCAAGGACAAAGUGUACACCUUUAUUGUUGGGGAUAGAAGCCAUUAUAGAAGUGCUGAAAUAUAUGCUAAACUGGAUGAGCUAUGUGGCCUUCUAAGCAAAGCCGGUUAUAGUCCCAUCGUAGAGAUUGAUCUACAUAAUGUGAACCAAAGUGAAAAGGAGCAACUCUUAUUUCACCAUAGUGAGAAACUGGCUGUAGUCUUUGGAUUAAUUGCUACACCUCCAGGAUCCCCAAUAAGGGUUAAGAAGAAUCUACGAGUCUGCAUGGACUGCCACACCUUUUUCAAGUUUUUAUGUAAAAUUGUUUCAAGGGAAAUUAUUAUCAGAGAUAUCAAUAGAUUCCAUCAUUUUAAAAACGGUUCAUGUUCAUGUGGUGAUUAUUGGUAAUGUCAUCAAGAUGGUUCAUUAUUCCAUUCUUAUGGAGCACACUGAUUCCUUACAUAUGUGCUACUACCAUCCUCUCAACCAAAGUUGAUGCAU